UUUCCAAAGGAGAUUCGCUUCCUUAGAUAUGGAUUCGAAUCGUGAGGUAGCCAGCCGUGUAAUCCCAACGAAAUUACUUCCUGCAUGACCACCCAAACGUUUUGAUUGCUGACCACACUGUAAAUGUAAAGUAAAGUUGCCAUUUACUGGAAAUGUAUAUAUUGCGAAGAAACUGGCGGAGGUUCCACGGCUGCUUUCCUGCUCAGCUCUCGCCAUUUCUUCUGCUUUAUUUUAUAUAUAUAUUUAUUUAUUUAUUUAUUUAUAUUUGGUGUGGUUGUUUAGUUGCAAUGGUUGGGUGCGUGUGCGCGCAUGAAGGCCUAUUUUUUUGAAUGCAAGUCUCCUUUUGGAGGUUGUUUUUUUGGAAGGUUUUGAAGGUUUCAGGUUGUAGGAAUAUACGUGAAAAAGGAUGACAGGAGGAGGCAGCAGCGACGACGGCAGCGGAGGAGCCCAGCGGGCGGCGGUGCCAUCAAAGCCGGAGGAGGCGGCACAGCCGCACCAAGUGAAGGACCAGUUGCCCGACGUUUCUUAUUGCAUAACUAGUCCUCCUCCGUGGCCUGAAGCCUUCCUCUUAGGAUUCCAGCACUACCUUGUAAUGCUAGGAACUUCAGUCAUCAUUCCUACAGCUCUUGUUCCUCAAAUGGGAGGAGGAAAUGAUGAAAUAGCAAGAGUGAUCCAAACCCUACUGUUUGUGGCUGGCAUAAACACCCUGCUACAGACAACGUUUGGAACUCGAUUGCCUGCUGUGGUUGGUGGCUCAUACACUUUCACUCUCCCCACAAUCUCAAUCAUUUUGGCUUCUCGCUACAGUCACAUUAUGGACCCUCAUCAGCGAUUUUUACGCGUCAUGAGGGGGACACAGGGGGCUCUCAUUGCUGCCUCAGCUGUGCAGAUCAUACUAGGCUUUAGUGGCCUAUGGCGCCUUGUAGUAAGAUUACUGAGUCCUCUUUCGGCUGCACCACUGGUUGCUCUGGUUGGCUUUGGCCUCUACCAACAUGGAUUUCCUGCAGUUGCAAAAUGUAUAGAAAUUGGACUUCCGCAGCUAAUACUGCUCAUAAUACUUUCACAGUAUAUUCCACAUGCAAUGCAAUCAAGGAAGCAUGUUGUCGAACUGUUUGCACUCGUAAUCUCGGUUGGAAUUGUAUGGCUUUUUGCCUUGAUCCUCACUGUGGGAGGUGCAUAUAGACAUGCACCUAGAAGAACUCAACUUCACUGUCGUACCGACCGGUCUGGGCUCAUCGGAGCAUCUCCAUGGAUAAGAAUCCCCUACCCUUUUCAAUGGGGGACUCCAACUUUUGAUGCUGGUGAAGCUUUUGCCAUGAUGGUUGCUUCAUUUGUUGCUCUUGUAGAGUCGACUGGAGGUUUUAUAGCUGUUUCAAGGUUUGCAAGUGCCACACAAAUGCCACCAUCAGUUCUAAGUCGAGGUGUUGGAUGGCAGGGAAUUGGAGUUUUGCUGGAUGGGAUAUUUGGAACAGUGAACGGAUCCACUGUGUCUGUUGAAAAUGCCGGUCUGCUGGCUUUGACUCGUGUUGGUAGCAGAAGAGUAGUUCAAAUAUCUGCAGUGUUCAUGAUCUUCUUCUCUGUAUUUGGAAAAUUUGGAGCUGUUUUUGCCUCUAUUCCAGGGCCAAUUCUUGCAGCUGUGUAUUGUCUUCUCUUUGCAUAUGUUGGUGCUGCAGGUCUCAGUUUCCUUCAGUUCUGUAACUUAAACAGCUUCAGGACAAAGUUCAUUUUAGGGUUUUCUGUGUUCAUGGGUUUAUCAGUUCCUCAAUACUUCAAUGAAUAUACUUUUGUUGCUGGCCAUGGUCCAGUGCAUACUGGUGCUAGAUGGUUCAAUGAUAGCAUCAGCAUCUUCUUCUCCUCGCAAGUGCUAGUCGCCGGCUCUGUAGCAUAUUUCUUGGACAACACUCUGAAAAGAAAUGAUGGCACGACGAGGAAAGAUAGAGGAUAUCACUUUUGGGAUAGGUUUCGAUCGUUUAGAUCGGAUCCGAGGAGCGAGGAAUUCUACUCAUUGCCAUUUAAUCUCAACAAGUAUUUUCCAUCAGUCUGAGUUUGAGCAAGAAGGCAAGGUUCUCUCUGCAAUUCUUCAACCCUUUUCUCCUAGAAAUCAUAUGGCAAUGUACAAUCUUUUUGCCCACUGCAUUUCUUCUCAGGUGUCGACUAGUUUUCAUGUCGUAAUGUCAUGACUAGAUAGAGGUUCUUCAUAACAUGACAGGUCUGUAAUGCAGCAGUUUGCAACUUCUUAAAGAAGUCGAAAUAUGAAACUUGUGCCUCUUGUGUAGCAUUAAAGAAACUAGAGCAAUUUUCUAGUGGAACGAUAGUUUAGGGACAGUUUUCUUAGGCAGAAAUAAUACAAAACUGGAGCUAUCCAAAAUAAGUUUUAAAGGGAAAUGGGGUAACAAUUGUCUUUGAAACUGAAGAUUCCUCUCUUCAGAUCAUUAUGAAAUACCAGAUGGCAACCGUAAUCGACCUUAGUAAUCCCUUAUCGUUUCAGGGAUCAUGAACUGCUGAGUUUUCUUGGCAUUCAUCGGGUGGUGCAUCUCAGCGAGCUUUGGAACCAAUGACUCUCUUUGCAAAAGAAGGCAAACAGAAUGCAGCAGAAUGGAUCUGGGAAAAAAGAAGAGCUAAGUAACUGAAAGGAAUGUGUGUUCGCUGUACAACGCUUCCGGUGGAUUAAUUACCUCAGAAUUAUAAAACUUCAAGGGUCCCAUAGAUUUGAUAGAAAUCUCAUCCUGAUCAAUGUGGUAUACAGGAUGCUGGAAAUCAACUGCUGGUCCUUCGGUUGAACAAAGCAUGAACCCGAUAACUCCACUGCAUUGAUGAAUCAUCAGUAGCCACAUGUAUCCAUUCAGUGAACUACAUGAGGUUAACAGCCAUACCUUGGGUAUGUUGGAACAGUCGUCCAAGCAUAACUCACAGAGCCUCGGAAGACCUGGCGACAAGCAGAAACAAUGUCUUCGAUCAGUUGCAUAUGAAGCCAUAUGCUCUCCGCUUGGGUGCAUACAACUCCACCUGGGCGAAGGGCUUUAGCAAUAGACUCAAAGAAA